AUGCUGAAGUGUGGGAUGAGCGGCAGUCAGGUGAAAGUAUUUGGGAAAGCAAUCCAAGCUCUAUCACGAAUUAGUGACGAGCUGUGGCUAGACCCAUCAGGAAAAGGUCUUGCUCUAAGAUCUGUGAAUUCUUGUCGGUCAGCGUAUGGAUGUGUUCUGUUCUCUCCUGUGUUUUUUCAACAUUAUCAGUGGUCAACCUCAGUGAAAAUGAAUGAUAAUGACACAACAUUGAAUUUUUUGAAUUGCAAAUUGGGAAUGAAGUCAAUUCUGCCCAUCUUUAGAUGUCUGAAUUCCCUCGAAAGGAAUGUAGAGAAGUGCAAAAUAUUCACCAGAUCUGAUAAAUGCAAAAUAGUUAUUCAAUUCUUCUGCAAACAUGGUAUUAAAAGAACUCACAAUGUGUGUUUUCAAGAAAGUCAGCCUUUGCAAGUUAUUUUUGAAAAGAAUAUGUGUGCUAAUACACUAGUGAUUCAACCAAGGCUUGUUACCACUGUGCUAGCAUUGCUUCCUGCAAGUCCAUUUGGCAUUCUAUUUUGGCACUCAGGAGUACAUGAUCUGGAAACUAUAUAUUUGACCAAUUCUGUGCAUAGUGAGAUGUGUUUUGGCCCAGAUGAGUUUGACUUCUUUCAAAUUGGAGUGGACACUGAAAUAACAUUUUGCUUCAAAGAAUUGAAGGGAAUGCUGUCAUUUUCAGAAGCUACACAUACUCCUAUAUCCAUUUAUUUCGAUUUUCCUGGGAAACCUAUGGCUUUAAGUAUUGAUGAUAUGUUAUUGGAAGCUAACUUUAUUUUGGCUACAUUAGCUGAUGAGCCAAGUAGGGCAUCUUCUCCACAAUCACUGUGUCGUUCACAGAAACGAAAAAGGUCAGAUCCGACACUGUCAAAUUCAGAGGCUGCUAAAAAUGAAACCAGCCAGGCCUUGGAGUCUAUCUCAAGAAAAUCAGCACCCAGAAGUCUUUAUGCUAAUGAGACUGUCACAAACAUCUCUGCAUUGGAAAACUGUGGCAGCCCUAUAAUGAAAAGAGCAGCAUCAGCGAGACAGAGGAAAUGCCAGGGUCUUCAUAUCUGA